CACAAGGAAGGUCCGCUCUUCGUUCUCACACUCAACUUAUCUUUCCACUGAGAAACACCAACACAGGUACUGCACAUUGAGCUUUGCUGCCAUGGAGGGUAACCACAGUGGCUUGGCUGGAAGCACACAGCCGUCUGUGUCCGGAGAACAGAGAGAUGGACACGUUUAUGAGGUUGCGGUGCAGAACAGCUCCACCAACCGCAGCUCCCAGUUUGCCGAUGUGGCUCUGCUGCAGAUGUUCAAGCCUCUUAUCAUUCCCUGUUAUGUGCUCGUUGUGGUAGUGGGCGUCUUUGGGAAUUACCUGCUCCUCUAUGUCAUCUGCCGAACCCGCAAGAUGUACAAUGUCACCAACUUCUUCAUUGGAAACCUGGCCUUCUCCGACAUGCUCAUGUGUGUGACCUGCGUCCCUUUCACUCUCGCCUACGCCUUCAACCCACACGGUUGGGUUUUUGGCCGCCCGAUGUGCUACCUGGUGUUCCUCAUCCAACCAGUCACAGUCUAUGUUUCAGUGUUCACGCUCACUGCUAUUGCUGUGGACAGAUAUUAUGCAACAGUUCACCCCUUGAAGAAGCGUACGUCUGUGUCUACCUGUGCCUCUGUCCUCACCGGCAUCUGGCUGCUGUCCUUCGGGCUUGUGGCUCCAGCAGUCACCCACACCUACCACGUCGAGUUCAAGGAGGAAGGCUUCACCAUUUGUGAGGAAUUCUGGUUGGGUAAAGAGACAGAAAGGCGUGCUUAUGCAUACAGUACCCUGCUGGUGACGUAUGUCCUGCCGUUGUCAGCUGUCUUUAUCUCUUAUCUCUGUAUCACUGUCAAACUAAAGAAGUGUGUUGCACCAGGCCACAAGACACAAGGCCAGGCGGGGGCUCAACAAGCUCGCAAGAGAAAGAUCUUUCGCCUGGUUGCACUUUUGGUGUCUGCAUUUGCAGUGUGUUGGCUUCCUAUUCAUGUAUUCAAUGUGCUGCGAGACAUUGACAUUCACCUCAUUAAUAAGCGCUACUUUUUACUCAUCCAACUGCUGUGUCACCUGUGUGCCAUGAGCUCAUCUUGUUGUAACCCCUUCCUCUAUGCUUGGCUACACGACCGCUUCCGCACCGAGUUACGCAAGAUGUUCAAGUGCCGUCGUCGCUUUGGAGGGCCUGCUAAUCACUGUGCUGCCAGUGUGGUCUUGUAAAUGUGAAGAGAAUCCUUUGUCAUUAUUUCAGGGUGAUUAAUCUUGAGUACUGUACAUGUGGAAACUUUGAUGUAUCAAACUAAUGGAGUUCAUCCUCUGGCCACCAGUAAAAUCCAUUUAUGGAAAUCCAGCCAUUAGUCAUGUUGUGUAUAGUCUAUAUCCACGACGUUCCACUUCCGGGAUUGCUCCAUUGCCACUGUAAAUUCCACCGGAUUUCAUUCUUUUCGGCCAGAUAUCCGUUACCUUCUGCUUUCUUUGUGUUGGCAUUUUAAACUCUAGUCGAUUUAUGAAGACUAUGGCUAGCUAGACUAUCUGUCCAAUCUGAGUUUUCUGUUGUACGACUAAAACAACUUUUGAACGUACACCUUCCACCAAGACAAGUUCCUUGGCUCUGCCCAGUGCUUAGCAGAACCCAUGACGAUUGUGACUGGUUUAAAGAAAUGCCAAUAAACCAAAGCACGUUUUUCUCCCAUCCCGGAAUGCUGUGUGGACUAGCCAGACCUUCCUCCGCUGCGCUGUGAAGGAAGGUCUGGCAAAGAUGAUCUAUUGGCCAGGGGUGGCUCUUGAGGAGAGGUAAAUCUGUUGGGCACCAUGAAGGUCUAUUUAUUGGUAAUCUCCCCAUUAGAGUUUGAGAUAUGAAAUUAAAAAGUAGAAACUUUGGCAGAGGUCAAUUGGUGUUCCAAUCCAGCCAUUAGAUAUGUCUCGUUUGAAGCAGGAAGGGUUUCAUCCACUCGGGAGCGUGAGUGUGCCCAGAAAACCCUAUAGGAAUUCUGCCAAUUUCAUAAAUAUAAGAGGAUAUGUUGACACUAGAUAAAGGAUCAGUGGGUCACUAGUAAGAUUAUGACUCAUUCUCUGGGCACUAUAAAUAUCAGCAGCAGAUCUCAUUAAAACCAAGCCAUUAGUUUGUUAGAUAAAGAAAAAAAACAGCCUGGCUAAAAGAUCCAUG